AUGUCUACUACAAAUGCCCCGCAAAACAAUAUACCAAAAUCCCGCGCCUGGCUCGUCAUAACUGGUGCAAGCACCUGCCUCUUCUGCACGGUGGGCUUCCUAAACUCAUUCGGCAUAUUCGAAGAAUACUAUGCCUCCGAUCAACUCUCCCAGAGCCCUCAAUCAACAAUCGCCUGGCUGGGUGCCGUCGCAAUCUUCUUCCUGUUCUCAAUCUCAGUUGUCUCCGGCGCCAUCGUCGACAAAUUCGGGCCCAACCUCUUGUGUUGGGCUGGUGCAAUCGGCACCGUGUUCUCGAUCAUGAUGACCUCGCUCUGUAAAGAGUUUUACCAGUUCCUUCUCGCGCAGGGAAUACUACUGGGUAUCUCAAUGGCGCUGGUUACGUGGCCCAUGUUGGCGCUUGUGGGGAAGUGGAUUAACGCGGAGAAUCGGGGUGCCGCGCUCGGUAUUGUUCUCGCGGGGUCUUCGCUUGGUGGUGUGGUCUGGCCUAUUGCUAUUAACAAGUUGUUGAGAGAGAAGGGGAUUGGGUUUCCGUGGACUAUGCGGAUAGUGGGGUUUAUUAUGAUCCCGUGUUUUGGUUUUGCAUGUCUCGUUGCGAAGUUGCCGCCGACUGUCGCUACUGUUGAUGGUGAGCAGCAGGAUAAAGACAACGUGGAUCUUGCUCCUCCGGUGAAGGAAGUGGAUCGCAAGGCGGAAGCUGUCACUCUCUUUAAAAAGCCGGCGUUGCAACUACUCUCUCUGGCUAUGUUUAUUACAUACUUUGGCAUGUUUUCGCCCUUCUUCUACACGACUUCAUACGCCGUCGCAAAGGGAUUCUCCUCGAGUUUCGCCUUUUACACUGUAUCCAUUGUCAAUGGAGCUUCUUUCUUCGGUCGUGUGGUUCCCGGGAUUGUGGCUGAUAAGUACGGCAAGUUCAACUGCUGCAUUGUCGCCACUUUGCUGUCUGGUCUUAUUGCAUUGUGCUGGACAAAGGUGGACUCGGUGGCUGGCUUGGGUGUCUGGUCGGCUGCAUAUGGCUUUGCCUCGGGUGGAAUCAUUUCUCUUCAGCAAGCGUGUGCAGCUCAGGUUGCUACACCUUCUACUAUGGGCCUUGCUAUCGGGACCGUGUCGGCUUCCGUGUCACUCUCUGCUAUGGCAAACGUUCCCAUUAGUGGUGCACUGGCAGAGAAAUACGGAUAUCUUUCUCUGUCCCUGUUUUCGGGGGUGUCGUUGCUCCUUGGUGGCGUCUUGCUUAUAGCUGCUCGGUUGAUCCAGGAUCGACGUCUCCUUGCAAUUGUUUAG